AAAAAAGCUUAAUCCAACAGUAAAUUCCUUUCGUUUUUCUUUCUUUCUUUUUCUUUCUUAUCUUCAUGACGAAACAUAAUCUGUCAAAGAGUUAUUCAUGUCUUAUUUCCGAAAAACAAGCGCAUUCAAUACCUUCCUCAGUCUCGACAACUUCAUUACACCAGCAUAAAAAGAGAUUUCAUACAGCGCAUUUAGGAAAGCCACCAGGUCUUCCUACACCCAAAUCAACACAUGUACAAAAACCUGUUCAACCACCGCCUACCAAAAUAGCACCUAUGAAAGAAGUAGAAAAAAUGAUAGCAGACUUAAAAAAGGAAAAUUUUGAUCUUAAGCUUAGGCUUUAUCACUUGGAGAAUUUAAUAGCACAAAAUACCGAUAUUUAUGAACUCAAGCAUCAGAAUCAUAAAAUACGGGCAAAUUUAGAACACAAGAAUAAACGCAUUGAUGAACUAGAGCAAGAACUACAGACACUCCUUGAGAAAAUAAAUCUCAAUGAUCCACCUACUGUCGUAUCGAUAGGAACUCAAACAGAAACUGUGCUUGAAUCUUCACCCGAAGCAUUUGGUCUUUUGCCUAACAAAAAGAUAAGUUGGCAACAACAAGUCGUAGCCAAUGAAGAUAACCUCAAGAGUGUUUUACAUGCAUUGCAGCAAGUAAAAAUUGAUAAAAAUCAAAUCCAUCAUGAUUCUUGGUCAAAUCAGAAUAAUAAACAAGGCAAAUUGAGACGCCCAUUAUUAUAAUAAAGGAGUUUGUAAAAAAAUCAUAAGGGGUCUAGAUGUUAUGUGAAACAAUAAAAAAAAAUUGAAACCCCC